CCCACUUCCUCAAACCAGAACUACAAAGAGCAAGAGUCCUAUAAAUUCAACGCGUGGACAUCAAGCUCCAGUCAGAACCAUGCCUUACUUCUCGGAAUUCAUCGCCUGUCUUGUCAUUUUAGCUGUGACGGAGGGAGUCCGGCACGAGAUUCGUUUCAUCUGUGGUGAGGACGCAGUCUUGAGCUGUGCGGCGAAAUCAAAGCCCGCGGUCCUGUACCGUUCGGUCACAUGGUAUAAGGUGUCUGAAGAGCCUUCCCAGCUGUUAAGUGGACUUGUAAGGAAGAGACUAACUGAAAACAGUGGCGAUGUGAAAAAAUAUAAAGAUGUCAAACGAGAGGUCAAGCUACUUGAGAGCUCAAUGAGCCUUCUUCUGUCUAAUGUAACUGCAGAGGACAGUGGGAUAUACAAAUGCUUUCUGUCUGCUCCCCUUGGCUAUCAGAACCAAGAAGGCGAAAUCGUUCUGAAGGUCGAUGAGCAUGCUACAGUUGAGAAAAUGGAAUUUAAUAAAAGUGAUUCACUAUAUGUAGUUCUGGCUGUCACAGUACUCAUUAUGGCACUCCUGAUGUUUUGCAUAAGCUAUGUUUGUUUAAGGAAUGUAUUCCAAAGCAACAAUAAGCUCUCUAAAGACUCUGCUGAAAAUGCCACAUCAAGGCAAGAACGUAAUCAUCACCAAUCAUUUGAUUUGCAAGACCAUGCCUGAAGUUUAUGUGUGAUGGUAACCAGAGUACAUGGACUAGUGCUCAGUAGAAGUCAAAUGUAGUUUUGCGCACAGGACAUGGACAGUUCACAGAGCUUGUGCUGAAGUGGACCACUGGCAAGCACAGGAAAUGGCAACCUACUUGCUAAGGUCAAUGUGCAAAUGGCAGAUGCAUGCACAAAGGUUUCAACAUCAUCAGCACCACCUUUUGAAAAUCUUUUAAAAACUGCAUCUUUACAACAUGAAACAGUGAGACCAAGUGAAAAAUGGCUUUUUCUGUAUUAAAAUUGUGCAUGCUUCAUUAUGGUUGCUUGUUGGUGAGUGUGAACACCAUGGAAGUGAAGAAGGACUGACCCAAAUACAGACCAUGUUUGAAUGUUAUGCUCGGUGAUCAAUGUUAUUGUCAGGCACACCUGUAGGUAUUCUACCAAAUAAAUUAUAUGAUAGCAAAUUUCUCAAUCUAUAGAUUAUAUAGAAGAAGAAGAAAAACUUUUAAAUAUAUAU